AUGGCCCAUAUCAGCGGUAGUAAACACCUCUCCUCCUCCUCCUCCUCCUCUACACCUGCCUCGGCCUCCACCGUACAGAGGACCGCCCCCAUCCCCAUCGCUCCCAAGCCUCCCUCACGACCCGACUCGUCAUCAACCUCAGCUUCGGCCUCGGCCUCGACUUCACUUUACCGUAUCGAUAGCAGCGCAGCCGCCGCCCGUCGUCUCGAUGUCAUUGGAGGACGUCCAGCUUCUGCCAGCAACAGCAAGAGCCACAGCCACAGCCUCGUCAAUACCAGCAGCUACCACCCUCCCGGCGCCGGCACAAGUAAUAGCAGUCUGAGCAAUCUAUUGCAGGCCAGCAGGGGCGUCUCUUCCCCCUCUCAUCCCGCCCACGCCGCCGCCGCCGCCGCCGCCGCCGCCGAUCGUCCGGCCUCCUCGGCCCCGGCAUCUGCCUCGGCGCCUUUACCCCCCUGUCGUGCCUGUCGUCAGGCCGGCUCGAGGUGUAUACCCAGCGAGGACGACGACGGCUGCAUCUCCUGCCAGGUAAACGCCCACGAGUGCUCGCUAUCCCUGAGCCCCCCCUCGUCGUCGUCGCGGAAGAGGAAGCUCUUUCCCGGAGAGGAUCGGCUGAGCUCCUCGUCACCCGGCGGUACCCUGCCGAGGAGACAGAUCAUCAAUAACAGCAGCAGCAACGGCCAGCACCACCAGCAACACCACCACCACCACCACCACCACCACAACAGCAACAACAACAACAACUCGAGCCUGUCCAGCACCGCCGCCAGCAGCUCCUUCCUAGAGGACAUGGCCAACGUCGGCGGACCCACCAUGCUCAAGAGGACCCUGGGCCUCCAGCAGGACCGCUUCAGCCAGUACAUCGGGCCCACGACCGACUUCGAGCCGUCCCUCAUCAACCUGUCGUCCUUUGACCCCCAGGGCGAGAGCCUGCUGUCGCGGGGCACCCUGCGCAAGGUCAGCGACGACGACACCUUCCUCAUGCUGCCCGACGGCACCACCCCGGGACACGAGCACCUCAUCAGCGACCUGGACGACAUCGAGGCCGUCGUCGCCCCGCACGGCCGCAAGCUCAUCGACCUCUACUUCCGCAUCAUCCACCCGGCCUUUCCCAUCGUCCAGAAGCACGUCUUCAUCGAGAAGUACGACCGCUCCUACCGCGAGUUCGACCCACCCGUCCUGGCCGCCGUCUACCUGCUCGCCAUCAACUGGUGGGAGCACCACGACGACCUCGUCCGCGUGCCGCGCCCCAACGUCCGCCACCUCGAGCGCCUCGUGCGCACCACCCUCGCCGACGCCAUCUACCGCCCCAAGCUGUCGACCGUCCAGGCCGGGCUCCUCCUCUCCCAGCGGCCCGAGGGCGACCAGUGGGCCCCGACCGCCCAGGUCGUGGCCACGGCCCAGGAGCUGGGCCUGCACCUCGACUGCUCAGGCUGGAAGAUACCGCCGUGGGAAAAGGGCCUGCGCAAGAGGCUCGCCUGGGCCCUGUACAUGCAGGACAAGUGGGGCGCCCUGGUGCACGGGCGGCCGUCGCACAUCUUCCCCUCCAACUGGGGGGUGCGCAGCCUGACGUCCAACGACUUCCCCGACGUCGAGUGGGACGAGGACGACGUCGAGGAGAAGCAGGACAUCGAGCGCGGCCGCCUCGUCUUCACGCGCGCCGUGCAGCUGUCCGAGGUGCUGGCCGAGAUCCUCGAGACCUUCUACACGCUCGACGCCGCCCAGACGGUGGCCGACGCCGGCGCCCAGGGUACCCAGGUGGUCCUGUCGCUGGCCAAGCCCAUCCAGCUCAAGCUCAAGGAGUGGUACGGCAACCUGCCCAACAGCAUCCGCAUCGACUCGACGUCGUCGCUGUCGGCCACGGCAUCGGCCUCGGGGGCGUCGACGUCGACGUCGUCGCUGUCGUCGCGCUUCACGAGCAUAGGGUACCUCCACCUGGCCUACUUCGCCGCCGAGAUCACCCUCCACCGCCGCAUCAUCCGCUCCCUGGCCGCGACCGCCACCGCCACGGACCCCUACGUGCAGAGCAUCUGCCGCAGCGCCGCCAAGGCCCGGCUCAUCUCGGCCAUGGACUUUGUCAACCGCCUCGGCCCUAUCCACCUCCGCUCCUUCUGGUACUUCGCCUCCAAGACCAACUUCGCCCUCAUCGGCACCUUCGGCUCCCUCCUGUGGGCCACCUCCCCCGGCCGCGAGGAGGCUGAGUGGUACCGCCGCCGCCUGUCAGAGUACCGGUGGACCCUGUCGGUCAGCUCCAAGCCCGGCGAGGGUCGCGGCCUCACAGAGUUCGCCAUGACCAUGCUCGACAUCUCGACCGGCCUGCUCGACCAGCUCCCCGAGAAGCCGUCGAUGAGCCGGAACGGGAGCAUGGCCGACUUUGCCGGUGCCGGGCCCGGCGGUCCCGGUGGCCUCGGUGGUCCUGCCGGCCCUCCCAGCAUGAGCAUGCUGGAUACCUACGCCGGGAUCCACAGCCACAGCGCUCUGCCGAGUGGCGUCCAGAGUCCCCAGAGUACGAGGUAUAGCAGCGACGACGACAUGGAUGACUAUCCCGACAUGUAA